GCCACCGCGAAAGGACUUUCAAAACUCAAAAAACAAAGCAACAGACGAAAGCUCACUCAUUAUCCUCGAGGUGAGGUUAAACGGUGAUAUUGUGGUAUAAAAAUAGGCAGUUAAAAAGACGGCUGCUUUCGUGUAAAUAAAACGAUUUUACAUUGUGUGUUCGUGUAAUUAUUUAUAAUGAGCGUAAAAGACAUUUACUACUCCGAUAAAUACUACGACGAUGUGUAUGAGUACAGACACGUCGUUCUACCAAAGGAUAUUGCGAAACUAGUUCCAAAGACACACCUAAUGAGUGAAAAUGAAUGGAGAUCUAUUGGUGUCCAACAGUCUCGCGGAUGGAUUCACUAUAUGAUCCACCAACCGGAACCCCAUAUCCUGCUUUUCCGACGACCCAUAACAAAGGCGUAAAAUUCCGAUACAGCGGAACGUUGGCGGAAGUGUCUACUGUCUGUCGGGUUGAUCUAUAUCGUCUAGUUCACGCUUCUAGAACAGUCUGGAAGUCUAUGAUUUGAUCCUGUUCGAAUAGUCAUUAGUCAGACCGGCUGCCGGUCGCUUCCACCGUUAGGCUAUGUUCGGAUUUGUUAAGGCUUCUCCCAUUUUCUCUUUCACAAAAUUAAGUUAAGAUUAUAGUGAUUGCGAAUCUGUAGUAGUAUUUAGGUAGUCUCUUUAUCUGUAAUGUUCGGGUCGAACAGGAGUGUAAGAGAAACAUCGAGAUAAGCAGGUAGCGGCCAAAACAAAAGACAACAAUUGUACAGAAUCCUAGUAGUAACAUGCUCCUCGCUCGUCUUCAAACAGAAAACAACCGUCGAAGGGUGUGCGUGCCUUUUCUUUUAACUAGAGUAACAAAAUUAACGUUAUUUGUAAGCUAAUUUUAAUAAAUAUUUUAAUUUUAUCCUA